UUGUUGGAAGCGUGUCGUGCGUUGUACGUUUUAGUUGUGCAGUGACAUAACAAUGUGUCACGAAGCGACGAUGGCAUUUCAUCUGCUUCAUUUGCAGGCUCCUCGAGAGGUGUAGUGCCGAUUGUGAUCAUUGGAAUUGAAGUAGCAGAAAUUUAUAACAUUCGGACAUAACGGGAACUGGACAUUCUGUAAAGUGUAGUUGUGUCGAAACCAAAACAUCUAAAACACUGUAGUCAUUUGAUGAGAUGUAUUGCUGUUCAUGGCAGGUCAGAUGACCUAAGCUGUUACAGAAUAUUUUGCUAGUACCCUUGCUUAUUGAUUUGUUGUUUAUGAAGAAACACAGCGUGUAAGAAAUCGCAUAGAUAAUGGCCAGUUUUGACAUGGAUGAGGACCCCAGUGUUCAUCGCCUGGAGGGGUCUAGUGGCAGUGUAAAGGGUGGAUUAGUCAUCAUGAAGAAGGGACCGUCUAAAGACACCGAACAGCAUUCCUUCAAAAAGCCAGUUCUGCCAAAAGUGUCCAUACUUGGCCUUGAUAGAUUGGCAGCAGCAAAGAGAAAACAAACAGACUCUGAUGAGAAAGCAGAAGAGAAACGAUCUAAAGUUUUAUCAUACAAAAAUGAUUGGGACAAUAGUGAAGAUGUUGAUGAUGAUAGUGAUGAUAGAAGGGAAAAUAGAGGCCCCAAAGAAAGGAAUUACAGAUCAGCCAGAGUGGAAACGCCUUCACAUCCAGGAGGUGUUAGCCGAGAGGCCAUGGAUAAAAUCAACAGCCGACAUCACAAAGACAGAGAGAGAGGCGUGUACGCAUCGUCAAAGGAAGACAGACGAAGGGAAAGAAGCCGAGAGAAGGAGCGCUAUCGUGACAGGGAUGAAGGAAGGAGGCGUGAUAACAACAGACGCUCAGAUCGAAAGGGUCGAAGUGAACGACGUGAUCGCAGUGAAAGAGGAGAGCAUAGCGCAAGGAGUGAACGUCUACGAGAUUACUCAGAGCAUCAUGGGAGGAGUUACCGAGACUGGGAAGAGACGCCCAGCAGACGAAGAGAUGAGCCAGGCACGCCCAACGUCAGGUUAAAGGACACUCCCUCUGCCACUGGUUGGGAUGAAGAUGACCCCACCCCUCUGAAGUCCUCUAGUUGGGACUUGCUAACGCCAUCUAGUGGUCGUGGACGUGAGGACGACAGUGAACGCCACUUUCGAAGCAGCCACAGUGAUCGUUAUGAGCGGUCUGAAAGAUCUGAGAGGUCAGACAGGAGGUCAAGGAAAAGGUCGGAUGAAACACCCCUUCCCACCCCGUCUUAUAAGUACAAUAGUUGGAUGAGAGAGAAAAGAAAGAUGCACUACACACCUAAAGAUCAAAGUCACAAAGGCUCCGGUGACGUGGAAUUCCGUUCGGAGGAGGAACGCAGACAAUGGGAGGAAGAGCAGCGCCGCCUGGACAGGGAGUGGUACGGGAUGGACGAAGGUUAUGAUGACGAACACAACCCCUUCUCUGGAACAUCUGCGGAAUACACACGGAAAAAGGAGGAGGAGCUAGAGCAGAGGAAAAAGAAGAGAAUGUCAGAAAAACAGCGCCAGAUCAAUAAGGACAUAGAGAAAUGGGAGACAAACCGGAUGCUGAGGAGCGGUGUCCUCCUGAGAACUGACUAUGAUGAGGACUUCGAGGAGGACAAUGAGGCCAGAGUCCAUCUCCUCGUACAUAACAUUGUGCCCCCGUUCCUGGAUGGCAGGAUUGUGUUUACAAAGCAACCGGAGCCUGUGGUACCAGUCAGGGAUCCAACAUCAGAUAUGGCGAUCGUAGCGCGGAAGGGCAGUGCGGUGGUGCGGGCUCACCGAGAGCUGAAGGAGAGGAAAAAGGCGCAGGCGAAGCACUGGGAACUGGCUGGAACACGCAUCGGAGACAUCAUGGGGGUGAAGAAGGAAGAAGAACAGCAAGAGAAGGUAAAUGACAAAGGAGAAGUGGACUUCAAAGCAGAGCACAAGUUUGCAGACUUGAUGCAGGAGAAGACAGAAGCUGUGAGUGAGUUUGCCAAGAAGAGGACUAUCCAGCAGCAGAGGCAGUACCUUCCUAUCUACGCUGUGAGGAAUGAGUUGUUGAAUAUCAUACGAGAUAACAGCAUCAUUAUUAUUGUUGGAGAAACUGGCUCAGGGAAGACAACUCAGCUUACACAGUAUCUCCAUGAAGAUGGCUACACCAAAUACGGUAUAGUGGGCUGUACCCAACCCCGUCGUGUGGCGGCCAUGUCGGUGGCCAAGCGUGUAUCAGAGGAAAUGGACGUGGAGUUAGGGGAUGACGUCGGAUACGCAAUUCGAUUUGAGGACUGUACUAGCGAAAAAACGCUGAUCAAGUACAUGACUGAUGGGAUAUUGCUGCGAGAAUCUCUGCGGGAAUCAGACCUUGACAAUUACAGCGCCGUUAUCAUGGACGAAGCUCAUGAGCGCUCCCUUAACACGGAUGUACUCUUCGGACUUUUGAGGGAGGUUGUAUCCAGGAGAACAGAUCUCAAACUCAUUGUCACUUCUGCCACCAUGAAUGCUGAGAAAUUCUCCACCUUUUUCGGGAAUGUUCCUGUGUUCGAAAUUCCUGGUCGUACAUUUCCUGUGGACACGCUGUUUAGUAAAAACCCGGUGGAGGAUUAUGUGGAAGGAGCAGUCAAACAGGCUCUGCAGGUGCAUCUACAGCAACAGCCAGGUGACAUAUUAAUCUUCAUGCCCGGUCAGGAGGAUAUCGAGGUGACCUGUGACCUUAUUGCAGAGAGGCUGGGAGAGUUGGAUGAAGCUCCGCAGCUGGCUAUCUUACCCAUCUACUCCCAACUACCUAGUGACCUGCAGGCCAAGAUUUUCCAGAAGGCCCCUGAUGGGGUGAGAAAAUGUGUGGUGGCCACAAAUAUAGCAGAGACAUCAUUAACAGUGGAUGGUAUCAUGUUUGUGAUUGACGCGGGCUACUGUAAGCUGAAGGUGUUCAACCCUAAGAUUGGUAUGGAUGCCCUUCAGAUCUUCCCCAUCAGUCAGGCCAAUGCUAACCAGCGGUCAGGUCGUGCUGGAAGAACUGGACCUGGGCAGUGUUACAGACUGUAUACACAGCGUCAGUAUAAAGAUGAGCUUCUGGUCACCACUGUACCCGAGAUCCAGAGAACUAACCUGGCCAACGUCGUCCUGCUGCUUAAAUCCUUAGGGGUCCAGGACCUCUUGCAGUUCCACUUUAUGGAUCCACCCCCUCAAGACAAUAUCCUGAAUUCUAUGUACCAGUUGUGGAUUUUGGGUGCUCUUGACAACACGGGCACCUUGAACCCCUUGGGGCGUAACAUGGUGGAGUUCCCACUGGACCCAGCACUCUCUAAGAUGCUGAUUGUCUCCCUCGAUAUGCGCUGCAGUGCAGAGAUAUUGAUCAUUGUGUCUAUGCUGUCAGUCCCAGCAAUAUUCUACCGCCCUAAAGGCCGAGAGGAAGAUUCGGAUGCUGCCCGAGAAAAGUUUCAGGUGGCAGAAAGCGACCACUUGACCUACCUGAACGUUUACCAACAGUGGAAGAGAAAUGGGUAUUCCUCAUCCUGGGCUAAUGAACACUUUAUCCAUGCCAAGGCCAUGAGGAAGGUGAGAGAGGUGCGCGAGCAGCUGAAGGAGAUCAUGAACCAACAGAAAAUGGAUCUGUUAUCCUGUGGCAAUGACUGGGAUGUCAUCAGGAAGUGUAUCUGCUCUGCUUACUAUCAGCAGGCAGCCAGGCUUAAGGGUUUGGGGGAGUAUGUGAAUUGCAGAACAGGGAUGCCAUGUCACCUUCACCCCACCAGCGCUCUAUUUGGCAUGGGCUAUACCCCUGAUUACAUCGUCUAUCAUGAGCUCAUCAUGACAUCUAAGGAAUAUAUGCAGUGUGUGACCGCUGUUGAUGGACAGUGGUUGGCUGAAUUAGGCCCAAUGUUUUACAGUAUUAAAGAUCCGAGUAAAUCAAAACAGGAAAGGAAGAAACAAGCUGUGGAGCACAUGGUAGAGAUGGAGAAUGAGAUGAAGCGUGCGGAGGAGUUGCUACAAGCCAGGAAGGAGGCACAUGAACAGAGUCAGAAGGGCUCGGAGAGGGUGAACAUUGUAACCCCUGGUCGUCGGGGCCCAAGCACCCCUGCUACACCUCGGAGGACCCCAGCCAAGUUUGGGUUGUGACCACAUGGAGGGAUGGGGGAUUCCUGUUUACCAGAAAUACUGCUGUACAGAUACGUGUGUUACUUUAGUCACUUGUGCAGUGUCACUUUCAUGAGGUGGCAGCCUGGAGAGGAAGGAACUGGAUCAUUGUGAUUAGAACUGAAGCAUUGAUGGAGUAGCCAUCACGUGGAAGGUGCAGGAAUACCCGUCUGCAUCCUUCUGUCAGUCUGGGGAACUACUCUGUUGUGGGUUUGACUAAUGUUCAAACUGGAGAGUGUUGCUGUUUUAAGUAGUACUGUGUGGCAAAGGAAGAAAUGAGUGAUUGCUGCAAUAGGACUGGCUGACUUUCCCUGUCCUUGACCCACCAUUUGACCUUGAGAGGUGAUGAUGUUUUACUACCUGAGUUACAGCACGAGCGGGAGCACGCCUCAGUCAGAAUCACUGUGAACAUUCAGCUGAUAGGGGAUAGCUGACUCAUGGAUGGAUCACCACUUACGUGCGCACCUCCACCUAAUAUCCA